CAAAGCGACUCACCUCCACACUUGCCCGCCCCUCUUCUCCAAGCAGUGCCGGGUCGACCGGUAUUGCGUGCAGAGCAGGAUCAAUGCGGAUGUCGUCGCCGCCGUUAUUGGAGGUGUGAUUUUGGUGGCCCUGGUCCGGCUGGAAUGGCGAGCCUGCCGCGUACUCUGCACCGCUCAUCGCAGCAACGGGGCUCCUCGCCUCUGAACGGUCCUCUGGGUGCAGAGACAAGGACUGGCGGCGCCGUCGUCGUGCCCGGCAGUGAGCUGAGUCCAGGUUAUUUGGGCCUUGUUUGGCGCUGUGGGACUGUUCCUUUUUUGGCAGUCACUCUGUCAACACUCAGACGCGCGACGACUCAUGCAUUUGCUGCCAGACACUGCGCUCCUCCAGCUCCGGCGACUGCGGUAUGGAAAUUCGUAUGUACGUAUCGGAUGGCAGUGAUAUGGGUGGCUCUGCGCGAGAGGGAGCGACCUCGCGCGCUCUGGAGCCGGCCGCUGUACGGUCCACGUGCCGGAUCGACGCUCGGGAAUGACCGCGGCGGCCAGUUGGGCACGGCGCAUUCCCCACAGCUGACAGCCCCAGAGCGCAGGGAGAGCAGAGCAGGGUCUCGAGAAUGCUGGGACGGUAUGCUCGGAGAGCAGUGCGCCGGCAGCGACCUGCAAGCAUGGGUGACUCUGAGGGAAAGGCGGAACAUGCUACGCCGAGGCGCCCACGUUGGGCAAACACUGCGCUGCCACCUGAGCUCGCUUGCCCUGCUCUGCCCGGGCCAGAAACGCUGCGGGCCCGUCGCAGGGGAGAGUAAGAAGUCCCCGGCGGGUCCCUGGCCGCGAGCUGGGUCUGCGAGGCGAGCAGACCGAGGCAGAGGGGCGGUUUCGUAAGGGUGGCUGAAGGCGUGGCUCAGCCAAACAACAAAUAAGGCUCCGUGGGCAGCGUCUCCUGCUCAGUUGCACUCGUCCU